AUGGAGUCCAUGGUCAAGGAAUGGACGACUUUCUUGGACAGGUGCCUCGAGCGCCGCGUCCAGCCUGACCUGUUCGCUGCAGCCGUCGCGCAGCUGCACGCAAAGUCUCCACUGCCUGGCCGGAAGCUUGCUGCCCUUGUACUUCGACCACGCGUUGCAGGAUCCAGCAAUGUCGACCCGCGCUCCAUCGUCUUCCUCGAGCAGCUACUAGCGCUGAAGAAGGUCGAUGCUUCUGAUGUUCUAACGCUGACGUUCUUGUACUCCAAGGACCGGCUUCCGGUCAAGACAGGCGACGAGAAACCGACCAAGGAGCCGCAAUGGGACAAUCCACCAGAACUCGAGGAAAUUGUCUUCCACCGCUUGCACAAGGCUUUUGCUGCCGAAGAACGGCCUAUCAACAAUACCGAAGGCUUGCGCACGCUUAUUGUUGUAACAAGAUGGAUGCAGGCGAUGGUCACUUCACAUACCAGUGAUACCAUGAUCCAGGCAAUGGCUGGUAUCCAACAACCACAACAACACUCUAUCAAUGUCCGGGAAGGGCUUGCUAUGCUUGUGAUUGGCAUAAUAGAAAACCCAAGAAUUCUGCGGAUACUGAACAAUCCCAAGGGGAAAGACAUACGCAAACAUUUUAUCCAGUCAUUUUCUUCAUUUAUCCCAUUUCUCUCCAACAACUCGGGCGGAUCGCAUCAGUCGUUGCAACUAGCUGAAAGACUUGAGCUCUCGCAAAAACGACACGACUUUUAUGAGAAGCUUCCCAACAUGAACGGAGAGGGAAACAGGAGCGCCGGUCUCGAAGUCGCUGCACUCCAGCUCGAUGCCGUGAUGGAGCUUCCACAGGUGAAUACACGAGCCGGUCUCUACGUAUUUUUGAACGCCUUGUUGGAAGCACAAAACAUGGCCACGGAUUUGAUCACCGCCGCUUUCGAUGUCCUAGCCAACGCCAUGUAUCGCAGUGAACCAACGCAGACAAUGUUUCCCCUGAAAUCAUUCCUGAUCAACAAAGUACCCUUGCUCCUCGUACAAAUCUCCGGGUCGAUAUUUCCGAUGACAACAGAAAUGUGCAUCACCCAAGCACUCAGUCACGUGGAUCCCCAUGCUUUCCCGUCUUUCUCGCAGGGGUUUGACGAUAUCAUGGGAAGUAACAACUCUCUCUCUGAUGUCAAGCAAGACUUCCUUAAUGCCUGCGCACUCCAUGGGCUCAUUCCGGCUGGGGCUGUAGAGCGAUUGCUUGGCGAAGCUCCUAUGCAAGGUCCUCCAUCGAAGAGAUACGAGAGGAAAGAGUUACUAAGCCAGUGCAAGUCGAACUUCGAUAAAGUCAGCACGUACAUUGACGAGCUUGAGAGCCUGGAUGGAAAUGCCGGGGCCAUCGUCGCUGCUGUGACAGAUGUUAGCUUCAUUAAAUUUUGCAAAGAUUCGUGGCUGACGAAUGUAGGCGAAUACCAACCGGUCUACGACGAGUUUGGCGCAAUACUUGUCCUCGUUAUGGCCUUCGUAUAUCGCUAUGAUCUUACAUAUCACGACAUUGGCAUCCGACAUGAUACAUUUAUCGCCAAGCUUAUGAAACGCGGCCACCAUAGCAUGCUCCCCGACGAAUUGAGCGAAGAACAGGGCAAGCAUCUCGGAAACUGGCUCAAAGGGCUCUAUGAUGCCGACAAGGAAGGGUUGAGCAAUGAUUUAAACCACACUGACUCGAUUUCAGAUCUCGGAGAGACUUUCCUGUUACCGUCUUUGAUUGAAGGUCUCACGUGGAUGGCCAACUACGCGCUUCUUCAAACACACAAGGACCUCGACUCAAUGAUACGCAUUUUCAAUGAAAUCAUACUGACGACUCCUUCUUCUGGCGAUGCACAAGCUAUGCACUCGACUAUAAUAGCGAUGGUGGCUAGUCGUCUGGAGAAAUGCUUCCGCACGCUACAGCGGCGCGAGCCAAAUCGCACGACACUUGAGCCUUUCAUCCAGGCAAUCAAAGUGCAUGCACACUACGAACGAUCCAUAUACGCUAGCUUGAAGGAAGUGGACCAGUGGACGAAUGCGCCGAACAGCACUUUGAACACGUCUUUACGGCAUACAAUACAACAACUAUGUCAAUGGGCUUCGACUUCUUCGUUACAGCCAAACCCACCUGGCUAUACACAUCGCCAAAUCUAUGCAUCGCUGAAGAUGCUUGGUGCCACCAGAACGCUACGCGCAAUCAUAGAUGAGGUAAAAGCGCAGACAGAUGCUGGCAACGGAGCCGCUGCGCUCGACAUUGGCGUGUCUAUCAUCUGCGCCCCGACCGUUGAAGACAGUCCGAUCACGAUAGACUGGAUGGGAAGCUCGAUACCAGCGCCGCCUCAACAACGAACCCGCAUGAAUCUCCGCGAGAUGCUCAAGCAGGAAUUCGAGAGCGCAGCCAAUCUGGUCGCGACAGAUCCUCUGACUGCAGAGACGAUAGUGCGUCUGCACCGCCGAGUAGAAGCGCACUUUGCCUCCCUUAGCGAAGCUGGACUCCAAGCACCACCCAUCAACAUACCGAGCGUCAACAUCGGGGACAUGCAAUCGCAAACUAUAUCCGAUGACCUGAACCGAGCUAUCGACGACGCAGCAGCCGCGACGGUGGUAGACGACAUUUCCAACAUGGAUAACAAAGCGCUGCAACGCAGUAUGGACGAACUUACUGGUGCCGAAGGCUUGGACCUGUCGAACAUCGGCAUGGGCAAUGGCGAUGCAGGCGCAGGCGAUAUGAGCACAGACUUGGGCAGCUUGCCUGGUAUGGAUCUGGGUGACAUGGGUAGUAUGGGCAUGGAUAUGGACAUGGACAUGAACAUGGAUAUGGGUGGUGGCGGAGGAGAUGACGACUGGGGUCUGGAUUUCGAUAACAUGUAG